AUCAAGAAUCUUCCACCGGGCGAUUAUAGCCUCGAUCUUCAUUUCGUUGACAUUAUAAACAUUAAUGGGCCCAAAGGCAUGCGGGUUUUUAACGUUUUUAUGCAAGAUGAGAAGAUUCUGUCUGAUUUUGACAUUUUCUCGAUUGUCGGAUCGGAAAAACCUUUGCAAUUGGUUGGUGUUAGAGUUGCAGUUAAAGAUGAUGGAAUUCUUGUCUUGAAGUUUGAAGGGAUACAUGGACAUCCGGUAGUUAGUGGAAUCUGUGUUAGAAGAGCACCUAAAACUUCGGCAUCUCAGCUCGAUCGUGAAUUUUUCGUUUGCAAGAACUGUUCAACUGAAAUCGAAUUACCUUCAGCCCAGAAAAAAGUUAUGCGAAUGAAAUCAAUAGCAAAGUACGAGAAAAAUAUACAAGAGUUGAGAAAUAUGUUGAAGCAGAAGACUGACGAGUGUUAUCAGUCUUGGAUGUCUUGGACUUCUGCUAACGAACAGCUCGAGAAGGUCAGAAUGGACCUCGAUAAUAAGACGUUCAAAGCAUAUUCCCUUGACCAAACAUUAGAGAAGCAAGCCGACAAGCUUAGGGACAUCUCUAGCAAGUAUGAGCACGACCAGAAGUCCUGGACAGUUGCAGUUAAUACUUUAGAGCAGAAAGUAAAGGUGAUGAAACGAGAGCACUCUCAGCUUUCUCGUGAAGCACACGAAUGCGUUGACUCAAUCCCCGACUUGAAUAAAAUGGUUUUCGCAGUUCAAUCACUUGUUGACCAGUGUGAAGAACUCAAAGUGAAGUACAACGAAGAACAAAUCAAGAGACGGAAGCUCCAUAACCAAUUGCAGGAGGCAAAAGGAAAUAUAAGGGUAUUUUGUCGGUGCCGUCCCUUAAGCAAGACAGAGGUUGUUAGUGGAUGUGCAUCAGUGAUCGACUUCGAUUCUGCCAAAGAUGGAGAACUUGGAAUUCUAAGCAACAACUCUAACAAAAAAACCUUCAAAUUCGAUCGCGUUUACACUCCAAAAGAUGAUCAAGUUGAUGUCUUUGCUGAUGCUGCGCCUAUGGUAAUAUCUGUACUAGACGGAUACAAUGUAUGUAUAUUUGCAUACGGACAAACAGGAACGGGAAAAACAUUCACAAUGGAGGGUACUGAGGUCAACCGAGGAGUCAACUACAGAACCCUCGAAGAACUGUUCAAGAUUGCCAAUGAAAGAACCGAAACAUAUACUUACAAUAUUUCCGUUAGUGUCCUCGAAGUCUACAACGAACAGAUACGGGAUUUGCUCGCUGUAGAAACCUCAAAAAAGUUGGAGAUAAAACAAGCUUCUGAAGGGUUUCAUCAUAUACCCGGGAUUGUGGAAGCAAAAGUCGAAAACACACAGCAAGUGUGGAAUGUUCUACAGGCUGGAAGUAGUGCAAGAGCCGUUGGAUCGAAUAAUGUCAAUGAGCAUAGUAGUCGCUCUCAUUGCAUGCUUUGCAUAGCGGUAAAAGCAAAGAAUUUGAUCACGGGGGAAUAUACGAAGAGCAAGCUUUGGCUUGUAGAUUUGGCAGGUAGUGAAAGGCUUGCAAAGACUGAUGUGCAAGGUGAAAGGCUUAAAGAAGCUCAGAACAUUAAUAGGUCACUUUCGGCUCUCGGUGAUGUCAUCUCUGCUUUAGCUAAUAAAAGCAGCCAUAUUCCAUACAGGAACUCGAAGCUGACUCAUAUACUACAGGAUUCAUUAGGUGGUGAUUCGAAAACAUUGAUGUUUGUACAAAUCAGUCCGUCGGAUCACGAUUUAAGCGAAACGCUUAGUUCGCUAAAUUUUGCAACCCGAGUUAGAGGGGUCGAAUUGGGUCCCAUUAGAAAACAAAUAGAUACAAGUGAGCUUCAAAGGAUGAAAACAAUGCUUGAGAAAGUAAGGCAAGAAUCGAGGUCGAAAGACGAGUCUGUGAAAAAGCUCGAAGAAAACUUGCACAACUUAGAAAACAAGGCCAAAGGAAAAGACCAGGUUUACAAGAACCAAUUGGAUAAAAUAAAAGAGCUCGAAGGACAAAUCGAGUUGAAGGCAUCGUUACAUUGCCAAUCCGAGAAACAAGUUUUAAGUAUUUCGGAGAAAUUAAAAGCCAAGGAAGAAUAUUGUUCCACACUUAAACAGAAGGUGAUGGAUUUAGAGAACAAGCUCAAACAACAAGAAGAAAUUCAGUCUAUAACUUACCAAAAUAAGGUAAAUGAUCUUGAAAACAAGCUAAGGGAGCAAGUACAACAGUCUGAGUCCGCUUGUAUAAUCCUUCAACACAAGGUCAAAGAGCUCGAAGGAAAGUUGAAAGAACAGGAAGACAACCUAGAGUGUCUCUCACUUAACCAAAAGAUCAAAGAGCUCGAAGAUAAAGUGAGAGAGCAAGAAAAGCAGCUCGCAGAAAAUGCCAGAGAGCAAGAAAAGCAGCUUGAAGAUAAAGUGAGAGAUCAAGAAAAGCAGCUAACUGCAGAAACACCCUUUUCGUUAAAAUCCACACCGGUCGAAGAAAGCAAGCAAUCACUCAAAGAAGAGAGUAUCACAAACGAUUCCGAGCAUCGAGUUUUAAGAAGUUUGAGUCAUCAAAUAAACCGAAGAGGGAGCCAAAUUUCGUCACACACAGUAGUAGUGAAGGAAAGCGAAUCUCUUCAAGAAAUUCGGAAGAAAAGAUUAUCAAGAAACAGUGAGGUCGAAAACAAUAGUAGUGUUGUAGUAAGUGACAACAACAACAACAACAACAACAACAAAAUCAGGCACUCGGAUCCUCCAAGACCCGUUUCUCGAGUCCCAAGGGCAACUGCUAAGCCCGUUGUGGCCCCACAGAGGCCCGUAGCGGGGCCCGUUGCUCGAACCAAAACGAGCAGGGAUCCAGUGCAGGCGGUCAAGGAGAGGGAUAGCAAGAAGAGAAUGUGGUCAAGAUAAGUCAAAAAACUCUCUAAUAUUGCAUGACUAGAAAUACUGAUAUAUACAUAGCUUUGACUUUGUGUUUGACUUUGAGUUUGACUUUGUUGAUGAUGAUUCGGAUGUGGGGUUUGUGUAGUGUUUUCUGUUGUGUCACACUGUGUGUAAUGCCUGUAGAGAAUUAGUGUUUUUAUCAGCUACAAGUGUGUGUACAAAGUACAACACCUCAUUGAAAUAUGCCUUUGUAGCUGAAAGUUAUUGUUGUUACUGAAUUGGUUGUAUUUGUCAUGUUUGUGUUUUCUGA